AUGGAGCUGCCGCCGUCGACGCCGCCGGCCGCCCGUCCGCCACACGAGCUGGAGUACCUGCUGCGGCUGCUACACUGGACGGGUGUGUUGCGGCACCCGCGAGCAGAGUCAUGGGCGGCGGGCGCCUACUACCUGCGGAGCGCGGCCGCGAACGCCGCAGUGGCGGCCUUCCUCUGCUCGCAGGCGCUGGCCCUGUGGAGGGGCGGCACCGCCGACAUAGACCGCUUCACACUCCUGCUCUCCACCUUCAACACCGUCGCCGCCUGGCUCUUCCGCCUCGGACAUAUCGCCGUUCACGAGCGCCAAUUUCACUACCUCGCCGCCCAGGUGGACCGUGACUUUGGAGACUUCCUGCGCCCACGUGAUGUUCACCUGAUGGAGACACAUGACCAAGAUCUGCGCAGAUUCGUGCUGGCCUACAUUUGGUUUGGCACCGCAGGCUGCCUGUGGUGGAUCGUAUUUCCGCUGCUUCGCUUUGGUUUCUGUGCUGCAGGAUUGCCGUUUAUCUUGGAGCUCCCAUACGAUGUGGCGAGUCCACUCACAUUCAUCCCCACUUGGGUCUUCUGCAGCUUCAUCACUAUGCACGUGACAUUGCUUACUAUAGGUGUGGACUCCUUCAACGUGUCCCUCAUAGCACAGCUGCGGGUGCAGCUCAUCCUACUCUCCAGAAACAUUGUCGACCUUGCUAAUGAAGACCAAGACCUUACUUCAAUCAAACAUAUGCCUUCUGAAAAUUCGCUCUCAUCUGACGCCAUGAGUGGCAUUCAAAUCAGACAUCAACUACGAAAAAUGAUUCUUCACCAUCAAGCUAUUAUUAGGUCUAACACGGAACAUACACACGAUGCUCAACUGAACUACGGUUCAUGUGCAAACAAUGGUGCUGCUUACACCAUCAUUAGUGCUGAAAGCCUGGCAGAGGCCGGAAAGUUCGGCUGCUAUCUGUGGGUCAUGCUGGCACAGCUCUUCGUCUACUGCUGGUUCGGAGACGAAUUCAUAACGGAGAGCGAGAAGGUGGCGCUGGCAACCUACUCGACAGUGACGUCACUGCAGGGAAUCCCUCUCUCGCAGAAGCGGUCGCUGCUGCUCAUGAUGGUCCGAGCACAGAGGCCUCUGCGCAUAACAGCCGGCGGCUUCUUUCCUCUCUCCAGGGAGUCCUUUGUGUCGGUGAGGGGCUGUUCCUUAACAUAA